ACAUUAAUGACCUUUGCAAUUAGAAAGUGUUUAUACUUUCUGGAUCAGAUCUGGUUCGGUUCUUCUCUUAAUUUCAUCUGCCCAUGUGCCUUACUGCUCCAGAAUAGUAAGAAAAGUCGGCGUCUUUGAUACUGAAAUUGAUGAUUUUCAUUUCUAUUAUUCUCCCUCGAUGCUUUAGCGCUUGCCAUACUAUGGAUUCUUAACUCAUGAUUUCAGAUGAUUAAGUCAUUUGUUGGCAUUAACUUAUUUGUGCCCCCCCCCCCCUUAUUUAUGGUUUAUAUGCCUUGAAAAGUUAAAGGAAAAAGUAUGAAGAUGAUGAGCAUUUGUCUUUCUACUAAGAUUUGAAAAGUUAAAUGCGAGAUUUGACAGGAUUUGUUGAUACAAGACAACAACUUUUGCAUUUGAAACCAAAUCAUCGCGUGAACUGGAUUGGCUUUGCUGUAGCCCACCAUUUAAACUCAAAUGGUGCAAAAGCAGUUGAAAUUUUGGAAGCAUUUGAAGGGACAUUAGAAGAUGAUUAUCCACCAGAUAAUGAACGUUGUGAGCAUGGUGAAAUGCUUUUAUAUAAGAGGAUACCUCUUGAUUUUCUGCAAGGAGACAAAUUUUGUGAAGCAGCAUUUAAUUACAUUAAGCCUCUUCUAACAAAGGGGGUUCCAUCUUUAUUCUCAGACCUUUCUCCCUUGUAUGAUCACCCUGGAAAG